GCUAGUGAAGCACUGCUUUGAAGCUGGAGAGGAGAGACUGCUGCGGACUGAAAGUGGGGGACGUCAAAAUAAUUCGCUGACGGCCGUUUGCUGAUGCAAAUGUUUAACAAACAACAGCUCUAGAUCAAGCGAUCGAGGAGUCCACAACCAGAUCUGUGCAUUGGUAUUUUACAGAGGAAUAUAAAAAUGUCGUCUCCAAGUCCGGGUAAAAGGCGAAUGGAUACCGACGUGGUGAAACUCAUCGAGAGUAAGCACGAGGUCACCAUCCUCAGCGGCCUCAACGAGUUUGUGGUGAAGUUCUACGGGCCGCAAGCCUCACCGUACGAAGGUGGAGUGUGGAAAGUGCGGGUAGACCUACCAGACAAAUACCCCUUCAAAUCCCCAUCUAUAGGCUUCAUGAAUAAAAUAUUUCAUCCCAACAUUGAUGAAGCGUCAGGGACAGUGUGUUUAGAUGUCAUCAACCAGACAUGGACAGCACUAUACGACCUGACCAACAUUUUUGAGUCGUUCCUGCCUCAGCUUCUGGCGUACCCCAACCCCAUCGACCCCCUGAACGGAGACGCUGCCGCCAUGUACCUACACCGGCCAGAGGAAUACAAACAGAAAAUCAAAGAGUACAUCCAGAAGUAUGCCACGGAGGAGGCGUUGAAGGAGCAGGAGGAGGGGGCGGGAGACUCCUCGUCGGAGAGCUCCAUGUCAGACUUCUCAGAGGACGAGGCCCAGGACAUGGAGUUGUAGUCCACCUCUCUGCUCCUCCCUCCCUCCCUCUUAUCCCUUCAUCCUCUUCACCUCCUUCUUCUUCUUCUCCCUACACCUCCCUUUUAUCCUCCC